GGAGAGGCCAGGCCUAGGGGAACCUGCGCCCCGAGGCCGCUAGGCGGCGCUGUGCGCUGCCCGCCCCGCCUGGGUCACCUGGCCGGGCCUCUGCACCUCUGUCCCGUGGGCACCGCGGCCACCACGGCUGCCAAUCCCUGUUCCAGCUGCCGAGUGUACCAUGCAGUGCCUGGGCGCCGAGUACCUGGUAUCCGCAGAGAAAACACCAAGGCAGAGAGAGUGGCGACCCCAGAUUUAUAGGAAAUGCACAGAUACGGCGUGGCUAGUCCUGUUCUUUCUCUUUUGGACUGGUUUGGUGUUCAUCAUGGGCUACUCGGCGGUGGCCGGGGCAGCAGGAAGACUCCUGUUCGGCUAUGACAGCUUCGGGAACGUGUGUGGCAAGAGGAACUCCCCAGUGGAAGGGGCCCCCCUCUCAGGGCAGGACAUGACUCUGAAAAAACAUGUGUUCUUUAUGAAUGCCUGCAAUCUGGAAGUCAAGGAUAGGGGGCUUGGUCCCACCGCCCUCUGUGUGUCCAGCUGUCCUGAGAAGCAGCUGGACACCCUGGAAGAGGUCCAGCUCUUUGCCAACAUGAAUGGGUCUUUCCUGUGUAUCUAUAAUUUGAAUUCCUUCAACUAUACACAGAGUCCGAAUGCAGACACAUUGUGUCCCAGGCUCCCGGUUCCUCCAAGCAAGUCCUUUCCCUUAUUUAACCGGUGCAUCCCUCAGACACCUGAGUGCUAUUCCUUAUUUGCAUCAGUCUGGAUAAAUGACGCUGAUGCUCUCCACCGGAUCCUAAGCGGAAUAAUGGCGGGAAGAGACACCAUCCUCGGCUUGUGUGUCUUCGCCUUUGCCUUGUCUCUGGCCAUGCUGUUCAUCUUCCGAUUCAUCUCAACACUUCUGGUCCACAUUAUCAUUUCACUGGUCAUUUUGGGAUUGCUGUUUGUCUGCGGUGUCCUAUGGUGGCUGUAUUAUGACUACACCGACGACCUCAGCACAGAAUUGGACACAGAAAGGGAGAAUAUGAAGUGCAUGCUGGCCUUUGCCAUCGUCACCACAGUCUUGACAGCCGUUCUCCUCAUCUUGAUUUUUACCCUCAGAAAGAGGAUGAAACUGACAGUUGAGCUUCUCCAAGUCACAAAUAAAGCCAUCAGCCGCUGUCCUUUCCUGCUGUUCCAACCACUGUGGACAUUUGUCAUCCUCAUUUUCUUCUGGGUCCUCUGGGUGGCUGUGCUGCUGAGCCUUGGAACUGCUGGUACUGCCCAGGUGACGGAAGGUGGACAAGUGGACUAUCAGCCUCUUUCGGGCAUUCGGUAUAUGUGGUGGUACCAUUUGAUUGGCCUCAUCUGGACCAGCGAAUUCAUCCUGGCGUGCCAGCGGCUGACUGUGGUGGGAGCAAUGGUCACUUGUUAUUUCAACAGGAAUCAAAAUGACCCUCCUGCCCGUCCAAUCCUUUCGUCUCUCUUCAUCCUUUUCUGCUACCAUCAAGGAACCGCGGUGAAAGGGUCAUUUUUAAUCACUGUGACAAGGAUCCCAAGAGUCAUCCUCAUGUACAUUCAUAACAUUCUGAAAGAGCCGCAGCGCAGUUCGUGGUCGAGAGGUGAAUUCAAAUGCAGCUACUGUGGGCUCCAGCGUCUCACCAGAUACCUGUACCAUCUCAACCAAAAUGCAUACACCGCAGCUGCCAUUAACGGGACAGAUUUUUGUACAUCAGCAGAAGAUGCGCACAAAAUCAUAUCUAAGAAUUCGAGUCACCUCAUGUCUGUUAACUGCUUUGGGAACUUCAUCAUUUUCCUGGGAAAGGUGCUGGUGGUGUGCUUCACGGUGUUCGGAGGACUGAUGGCGUUUAACUACAGCCGUGCCUUCCAGGUGUGGGCCAUCCCCCUUCUGCUAGUUGCCUUUUUUGCCUACUUAGUGGCCCACAGUUUCCUCUCCGUGUUUGAAACUGUGCUGGACAUUCUUUUCCUGUGCUUCGCUGUGGACCUGGAAACAAACGAUGGAUCGUCAGAGAAGCCGUACUUUAUGGGCCCCGAGUUCUUGAGUUUUGUAAAACGGACCAACAACUUUAACAAUCAAGGACACGAGGACUCAUUACCAAAUGAGGAGGGGACAGAACUCCGGCCCAUCGUGAGAUAGGGACCAAGAGACAUUUGUACCUGAAGAAUCUGACUGUACUCUAACUACACUAUGACACCGAGACUAUGUCCACAUGAACUAGAGCAAAAAAACUGUUAAAACUAACUUUAUAUGCAUCAGUUUAAAAGACACAGUAUGACUGGGCACAUCUAGAAUUCUAACAAUUAGGAGGCUGAAGCAAAGACCACCAGCAGAAGGCCAGCCUGCAUGCUAGAAGACCUUAUCUCAAAAUAAAUAAAUAUAUAAAAGCAAAAAAAAAAAAAAAAAAAAAAAGGUGAUGAUCAAACUCCACCCAAAAGGAGACUGGCCUGGAAGGUUAUUAUUGUUAUUUAAAUACACCUGAACAGCCCCCAAAACACAGACACACUGUAGAAGAGCUUUUCCUUUUUAAGGCCCUAAACAAAUCGGAACAUUGAACAUCGGCCAAGAUGCCGUGUGGAACUCCCAUCCUAAGGCUCAAUCCGACUGACUUGGCAGGCCAGCACGUGUGAUGUAAUGCAAGGCUCCUUCCCUUCCCAGCUGCCUCUGCAAUCGGACAAGAAACAGCCUGACAGCUUAGUCCCACUUUACAUGCUAAUUUUUUCUUAAAUAGUAUCACAAAAUUCAUUUAGCUCUGAAAUCUCCUACAAUGAUUUACAGGGCACUUCCAGAAGCAUCGAAGUGAGUGAUCACAGAAUGACGGGCACGUGUCACUUGUGUGGGUUCAAACCUCUGUCUUGGCAAAAACCACCCAAGCCUAAGACAGCCCUACCAGAAGAAUCGCUUGGCUGAGACAGGGUCAGAGGGCGUGAAGAAUCAGCUUCCAGCAAGUGGUGGCAUUGUCCUUUCCCACACUUAGCGGUUGUUUUGUCUUCUCUAACUAAGGGGAGACCGAUGGCUUAGACGCUCCCCAAUUUAUCAAACAGCACAUCCCACGUCAGCUUCAGGGCAUCAUUCAUGUCACACCUUCAACGCGUAUGUGAUAAUUCUCCUUCAAGAGAAUUCCAGAUUGAAUCUGAGAUACACCCAGGGCAGCCAAGUCAUAAUGAAAUAAGGACCAAAUAAUUCUUGGCGGCCACUUUACUAUAGGGGAUAGACAUUUUCUUCUUUUGGUUGUAAUUGUUUUGUUUUUGUACCUUUAAGGAAGGCUCUCUGAAGCCCAAGCUGAUCUCAAACUCACAGAAAUCCUCCUGCAUCAGCCUCCUUGGUGUGGAGAUUGCGGGUGUUCAGUCACCACACCCAGCUCAGGCUCAGCCUCCACCAAUGAGUGCCACAUUGAGUGAACUGAAUCAUGUUAGAAGACCUCCUCUUAGUGCCAAGGGGUGAGGCCUCUGGUUUCUGACCUGACUCUACUACCUAGAAGCUAGCCAGAGAAUAACCAGCCUGUGGUUCAUAUGAAUGUUCAAAAAAAAAUAUUUAUUUAUAAAAAAUACAAUGGGAUAAGUUUAUGCUGAGAAAUGCAGCAAUAAAUACAGUUGAAGGAAACAGUGCGAUUCUACAGUGAUACAUCGGCACAAAUGAAGUCUGCAGGCACGCCAGCCAGCCCUACACGUCUGCGGCCAUUUUGUAUACACGCCUUUGGAAGCGCCACUCAGAAAAGACCUUGUCAGCUUAAGAAAGAGAAUGAGUACACAUAUAAUCACAAAUGCACACUGAUUGUGACUUUAUUUAAAACGUAGCAGACAAUACUGCAGGAAAAUAUCAAUGCGUCAGGUUCUAAACGCUGCAUCUUAAGAUUCAGUUGGCAAAGACCACAUUUAGCAAAUCAACGUUUUUAGUCUUCCAUGUACAAGCCAGAUACACACUAAACUGUAAAAAAGAAAAAUAGUUUCCUAUUGUUUGAAAAUACCAGUUUAAGUGUACGAUUAUAAAAAAAAAAAAAAAAAAAGAA